GAAACUUUUCAGCUCUUUCACGAAGGCUAUUCCUUCCUCCUCGUCUUUAAUGAAAUCCUGAACAAGCUUUCUCUCUCCCUUUCUUGGAUUUCUCUCUCUAAAAUCCUCUGAUCAGAUUCGCGAACUCCACCGAAUAUUUAUAACGAUGUAUGUAUAUUAGCAUUCGAUCAAUUAUGGCAAAACAUUUUUCUUCUAUUGCUGAGUUGAUGAGCCCCCCAGAGUUUCUGUUCUAUUGAUUUCCGUGUGUGUUGAGCCUCAAACCCUAAUUUUCAUCAUCAUAAGGGAUUUUUUUAAUUCUUCUGUUACUUCUAUUCUUCCUAUAUACUCAGUAUCUUAUGCUUGCCAGGCUUCCAUUUUUUUUCAUUUUUCUCCACCCAAAAAUUUAAUAUCUCGUGAACUGGAGGGUCUUUGUCAGUCUAUUGGGCUAGUCUUUCUCAUUGGAUUGAGAUUUUGGUAAGUAUUUAUGUAGAGGUUUCGUUGCUCAUCAAUCAUCAUCAGUAAUUCAGUAGGGUAUAAGUGUCGUUUAAUUUCAUAACUGAAAAUUGAAGUUAUCCUCUUGCCUUUUUUUCCAAUUAAAAAGGCUAAAUGCAAAUGUCUGUAAUCUGUAAUAAUAAGAAUAAUACCUAUGAUAAUAACUUAAAAAGGUUUUCUUAAGUUAUCUCGUCCGUUUUCCUACUCUCCAAAUUGUUUGAGUCAUAUGUAAGCCGCUUUUAUACAAAAAAAGAAUAAUACCUAUGAUUAUUAUUAUUAUUACGGUAUUAUUAUCAACUUUUAAGAUUUUCAAUUUUUAAAAAUGAUUUCAACAGCUAAAAGUUUUUUCAGUAGCUGGGGUGCUCUUAAUGAUCGCACUCUUAGCUCAUAUAGUCAUAUACGUUUGGGGUUUGAGUUUUCUAGUUUUGUCUUUCCACUUCAUACACUUCAGAAAAGAGAAACCGCCUGAUUGGAGCAUGUUAUGUGAUGAAAGCAGAAUUAUUGAUUGCUUAGUUCACUUGUAUUGAUUGUUAAGACCCAUAUGCUAAUAAUGUCCAUACUGAUUAUUAGUAUGCAGAUUAGACGAAGAGGUGUUCAUUUCCUGUUAGAUGUAAAAUAAUGGAUAAUUCUGAGGUUGAAAUGAAUUUGUGCUCGAUUGGUGAACCUAAGCUACAUGGAGGAAUGUGCAAAGUACUAUCUGAUGUAUAUGCCAAAGUGUUGGCCAUAUUUCCUGAUCUGGAAGCAGCUCGACCAAGGAGCACUUCAGGCAUUCAGGCACUGUGUUCUCUGCACAUAGCCCUUGAGAAGACAAAGAACAUUCUUCAGCACUGUGCUGAUUGCAGUAAACUUUACCUGGCAAUAACAGGAGAUUCUGUUGUUCUUAAAUUUGGGAGGGCAAGAUGUGCUCUUCAAGAUGGUCUACGUCGGGUUGAAGAUAUAGUUCCACAAACCAUUGGUUGUCAGAUUUCUAUAAUUCUUGGUGAACUUGAGGACAUUGAGUUCUCAAUUGAUCCGAUGGAGAAACAAAUUGGUGAUGACAUCAUUGGAUUACUUCAGCAAGGACGGAAAUUCAACAACAAAGAUAAUGACAACAGUGAACUCGAGACUUUUCAUAAGUCUGCUUCUAGACUAGGUAUUACCUCUUCACGUGCAUCUCUUAGAGAAAGAAGAGCUUUGAGAAAACUAAUAAAAAGGGCACAGUCAGAAGAAGACAAAAGAAAAGAGUCAAUUGUAGCUUACCUUUUGUACUUACUAAGCAAAUAUUCCAAAUUGUUUAGAAGUGAACUCUCAGAUGAAAAUGAUUCACAAUGUUCAACCCCAUGUUCUCCAAACAUCCAGGAAUCUCUAGACAGCCAUAAUCAUUCCUUUGACAACCCACAUCUUUCAAAGCCGAGUUCUUUUAAUUUUAAACCAAACUUUGGGAGGUCAGACCAGAAUCCUGUCCCACCUGAAGAGUUAAGAUGUCCAAUCUCAUUGCAGCUAAUGUAUGACCCAGUGAUCAUUGCUUCUGGGCAAACAUAUGAACGGAUUUGUAUUGAGAAGUGGUUUGACGACGGGCACAAGACGUGCCCUAAAAGUCAACAGGAGCUUCCUCAUCUUGGAUUGACGUGCAAUUAUUGCGUAAAAGGUCUGGUUGCUAGUUGGUGCGAACAGAACGGGGUUCCUAUUCCCGAUGGCCCCCCAGAGUCUCUUGACCUCAAUUACUGGAGACUGGCACUCUCCCAAAGUGAAUCUGCAACUUCCAUUUCCGUUGAAAGCAUCGAGUCCUGCAAGUCAAAGGUCAAUAAAGAGAGUGAAAGUCAGAGUAGUGCUGUUGAAAGAUGUGAUGCAAUUCUGGAAACUUUAGAACAAGAGGUUAAUUUAAGAAAGAAGUGUGAAGUUGUUGAACAGAUACGGACUCUGGUGAAGGAUGAUGAAGAAGUCAGAAUGUAUAUGGGGGCAAAUGGUUUUCUUGAGGCUUUGAUGCUGUUUUUGGAGUCUGCUGUUGAAGCUAGGGAUGAAAUGGCUCAGGAAAUUGGCGCUAUGGCUCUCUUCAACCUAGGCGUUGAUAAUAAUAGAAACAAGGGGAUAAUGUUGGCAGCUGGAGUACUUCCAUUAUUGGAAAAAAUGAUUGCUUCUAAUUCUUCCACCUCUAUUCCUGCAUCAACAGCCCUUUACCUCAACCUUUCCUGCCAUGAAGAAGUCAAACCUGUCAUCGGAACCAAUGAUUUCGCCGUGCCCUUCUUAAUCAGGGUCCUUAAUCAGCACUCUUCCAACCCCACCCAAUGCCAGCUAGACGCUCUUCACGCCCUCUUUAAUCUUUCCACCAACCCAACUAACAUACCACACCUCAUGUCAUCCAGGAUUAUUGACAGUCUUUUGCCUAUGAUGUCACGCUCCGGUGACCUGGUAGUAAAAUGUGUGGCGAUAAUUACCAACUUGGCCUCAAGUAAGACUGCUACAGAUGAAAUUAUCUCAAAGCCAGGUCUUAUCAGCCGGCUCUCAUCUGUACUGGACUUGGGUGGGCCCACAGAACAGGAACAAGCUGCAGCAUGUCUUGUGAUGCUAUGUAAUAGGAAUGAGAAGUGCAGUGAGAUGGUCCUACAAGAAGGGGUGGUGCCUUCCUUGGUGUCGAUGUCAGUGAAUGGAACGGGUAGGGGUAAACAGAAGGCAAAGAAGCUUUUGAUGCUGUUUCGUGAACAGAGACACAGACAGAAAGAACCCUCUUGGGAGGGUAUGAGUCCACAGUCUUCGCUGCCUGAGAGCAUUGAUCUGGGGAACAAGCCUGUUGAUGAUGGUGUAAAACCACUAUUUAAGUCUACCUCAAAAAGAAAACUAGGGAAAGCUCUGAGUUCUUUGUGGAAGAACAAAUCUUUUUCAGUAUACCAGUGUUAGAUGAUUUAGCCUGCAAAUCUGUCUUUUGAACAUGUCGGCUUAGUUCGUCAUCGGACUCUCCGUCUAGUGCAUUUCAGAAUAGAGAUGUAUAUAUCUCUUUUUUACAUAUACUUUCCUAGUAUCCUGGCACAAGGGCA